GCAGCUGGGCAGCCCCCGGAGCCCCUCGGAGGACAAUGCACCCUGCGCUCGGCCACCCUCGCUCCGUCUCGUCCUCGUCCGGCUCCUUCCCUCCGGCCCCCGCCGCUGCGCGGCUGCAGCCCCUCUUCCUCAGGGGGGGCUCCUCCCGCGGCCGGAGAGGUUCGGGCGACAGCAGCACCAGCACCAGCACCAGCCGGGCGGGAGGCGGCGGCAGACGCGGCGGGGGCGGCGGCGGCUCCCCCAGCAGCAGCACGGGCGCCGAGCGAGAGGACGACGACGAGAGCAUCAGCAUCAGCAAGCCGCUGGUGCCGGCCGCCGCCGCCGCGACCCCGGGACCCCCGGGCCAGGCGGGCGCCCCGACCGCGGACUCCGCGCCCGCCGCCUUCUCCUCUUCGGCGGUCACCUCCUCCUCCACCUCCACGCCCACCUCCUCCUGCAGCAUGACCGCCGCGGACUUCGGCGGGGGCGCGGCAGCCGGGGCCGUCGGGGGUCCCGGGAGCCGCUCGGCUGGGGGCGCGGGAGGCCCCGGUGGGGGCAGCAGCACCUCCUGCUGCUCGUGCUGCUGCUGUUGCUGCCGCCGGGCCCGGCCGGGCCGCAGGAGUCGCCGCCGCUGCUGCGCCCCCAGCCCCGGGUGCCGCUGGGGUUACCAGGCGCUGUCCGUGGUGCUGCUGCUGGCUCAGGGAGGCCUGCUGGACUUGUACCUCAUCGCGGUCACCGACCUGUACUGGUGCUCCUGGAUCGCCACCGACCUGGUGGUGGUGGUGGGCUGGGCCAUCUUCUUCGCCAAGAACAGCCGGGGCCGUCGGGGCGCCGCGGCGGGCAGCGCCCACAACCACCACCAGCACCACCACCACACCGCGCCUCCUCUGCACCUGCCCGCCGCCUCUUCUGGCCCCGGGGGGGCCAAGGCGCGCAGCGGCCGCGGGGCCCCCAGCGGCUCGGGGGGCGGCCUGACGGCGGCCGGGGCAACCGGCGAAUUCGCUUUCGCCUACCUGGCUUGGCUCAUCUACUCCAUCGCCUUCACGCCUAAGGUGGUGCUUAUCCUGGGCACGUCCAUCCUGGACCUCAUCGAGCUGCGCGCGCCCUUCGGCACCACCGGCUUCCGCCUCACGAUGGCGCUGUCGGUUCCGCUGCUCUACAGCUUAGUGCGAGCCAUCAGCGAGGCGGGCGCCCCGCCGGGCUCGGCCGGACCCCUGCUGCUGCAGCCCCAGCAGCACCGCGCCGCCGGCUGCUUUCUGGGCACGUGUCUGGACCUGCUCGACAGCUUCACUCUGGUGGAGCUGACGCUGGAAGGCCGCGUGCCGCUGCCCGCGCACCUGCGCUACCUGCUCAUGGCCGUCUACUUCCUCACCCUCGCCUCGCCGGUGCUCUGGCUGUACGAGCUCAACGCCGUGGGCCUGGCGGCUUCAUCCUGGGGCCAGACGUCGGGACCCGGCAGCUGCAGCCGCCUUCUGCGCCUGCUGGGCGGCUGCCUGGUGGACGUGCCCUUACUGGCGCUGCGCUGCCUCUUGGUGGUGAGCUACCAGCAGCCCCUCUCCAUCUUCAUGCUCAAGAACCUUUUCUUCCUCGGCUGCCGCGGCCUGGAGGCCCUGGAGGGCUGCUGGGACCGCGGGAGUCGAGCCUCCUCCAGUCGGUCCAGAGGGGGCUAUGGUGCUCCGCCUUCCGCCCCACCGCCACCUCCACCGCUGCCACCUCCAGGAGGCCCCCAGCUGGGCCACUGCAUCUCUGAGAAUGAGGGGGGCGCCCAUGGCUAUGUCAAUACGCUGGCUGUGGCCUCCCAGAAUUGAGGGGUAGAAGGGCAGGGGUCUUGCUUUUGAGUUGGAAGUCCCUGGGUCCCUUGUCUGAUGACCGCUUCCACCCAGAUUUGAUCAGUCUGUGUUUAGCAGAGGUCACUGUUAGUAAGGCUAAGGGCCUGUGUGUCCAUCCUUUUUACCAGAGUGCACUCCGGCGCCGACUGCUUGGGAGGGGGGUGACCAGAGUGAAUGGUGAGAAAGAUCAGUCCGCUUACCCUGUUCUCCCUUCUCCGUGUCCUGCCCCAGUCCCAGCUUUCAAGGGGCUGGAACCUCUGCUUCUUGCUUUUCCCACUUCUGUGCUAAUUACCGUCCAGUAGGGGGAAGAAUGGAGGAAAGAGGUUCCCAGCUGGGCUGCUGCCCCCUAGCUGAGCUUCCUUCAGGCUGUGGUUAGAGGCCCUUCCCAUGCCUUGGAACUCUUCCCCUGAUGUGUCUAUUGGAUGUUUUCAGGGUGGUAGAUACAAAGUGUAUGUCUGUGUGCCCCACGUGCGCAUUGCUGUUUCCUUGUGUCUACCCUGUGGCCCCUUGCCAUGGGUAGGAGAGCUGGGGAGGCCUCUCCCCAUACUCUACCCCUCCUCUUUUCUGCCUGCAGUUGUGAUCAUGAAUUCCCAGGAAGAGCGGCUCCUGGGAGCUGCUCACCAGGAGCUUCCUCACUCCCACUCCUCUCUUCUUAGCUAGGGGCAGGAGGGGCCCAUUCUUAAGGACCAAACUGCACCCUUUCUUGGGUGAGUGAGCAUUUCUACCUCCGUGCUUUCAAGUUUUGUCGCAUCAUGUAGUGAUGCUACUUGCAAAAAAAACAAAAUACUCAGUAGUUGUAUUCAACAUGGACACUGGAUCCAGCUGUGGUUUGGUACCAGUGUUAGUACAGGGUCUGUGGAGUAUCAGCCAUUGGCUUGCCUGCCUUCUCUUUUUCCUGCCGCACCCACAACUCUUACCCUUUCCAUGUUUUGGUGCUGGCUUGGCUAGAUCUUGGUUCAGAGCAACAGAUUUGGUGGAGUUCCUGGAUAGAUGUAAAGUUGGGCUUCCUAUGGGCCCAGAGGAGUAAGAAGCCCCACUUCCCAUCUGUCCUCUCGCUAGGAAGCUUGGUGUAGAUCAGAAGGGGUGGUGGUGACCUUUUUCUUCUGCUCUGGUUAAGGGUCUCACUAGGGACAAGCAGGCUGUGGACCUUCCCCAGCAAGCCUUUCCCCGGUGUUUGUCUUGUUGAGGGUGCUGGCGAGCGACAUCCAGGGGUUAUGUACUUACAGUCUUGACAUCACUCUUGGACUCUUUGAGACAGGAUAAGUGUUUUUAGGGAGCUAAGGGUGCAGGAGGAUUAUGGAGCCAGGCCAAGAAAUACUUUCCUCUAGUCUCAGUAGGAUGGGGUGGAGAAGAAACGCUAAGAAUGUUUUUGUCCCCUUCUCCCUUCAUGUGCUUGGGAAGUUUUAUGUAGUAUAAUAAACCCUGGACAAGGGACCAAAAGACAUGGAUUCUAAGGCCGGGUGCAGUGGCUCACGCCUGUAAUCCUAGCACUUGGGAGGCCAAGGCAGGUGGAUUGCCUGAGCUCACAGGUUCAAGACCAUCCUGAGCAAGAGGGAGACCCUGUCUCUACAAAUAGCCAGGUGUUGUGUCGGGCAUCUGUACUCCCAGCUACUUGGGAGGCUGAGGCAAGAGAAUUGUUUGAGUCCAAGUUUGAGGUUGCUAUGAGCU